CCUGUUACAAAGUCUCACAAUGACUGGGUUCAGCUGAUGCAGAGGAAGCCUCCAGCUGUUCCAAGUUAGUGAGAACUUCAGCUGAGAGUUGGAUGCACUGGUUUGAUUUAAUGCUCAUUUAUUGAUGGUCUCCCCUUUGGAGAGAAGGGCAGGUGCUGUAGGUUUUGCCGUACAGAUCCAAGGGAAAUGAAUGUUCUGCAAAAGAACAAAACGGGUUCUGUGCUCCUUUGGACAUACUUCUUGUGGAGGAUCAUCCUGGCCGACUUCACCUUGGACAAUGAGGUGCACUCUAGUUUUAUCCAAAGGAGGUUGCGAGGCCAAGAGCGCAGGGAGAUGCAGAGAGAGAUUUUAUCCAUCCUGGGGCUGCCGCACAGACCCAGACCCCAUUUGUAUGGAAAGCAAAAUUCUGCCCCUAUGUUUAUGCUGGAUUUGUACAAUGCUAUGACAGUGGACGAAGAGGAAGCUGAAGGCUUCUCUUAUCCAUACAAGCCCAUCUUUACCACCCAGGGGCCACCGCUGGCCAGCCAACAGGACAGCAACUUCCUCAAUGACGCCGACAUGGUUAUGAGUUUUGUUAAUCUAGUGGAGCACGACAAAGAAUUCUUCCAUCAGAGGCGGCACCACCGGGAAUUCCGCUUCGACAUUGCCAAAAUCCCAGAGGGCGAAGCGGUGACGGCGGCCGAGUUCAGGAUAUAUAAGGAUUAUAUCCGGGAAAGGUUUGAAAAUGAGACUUUCCAGAUCAGCGUCUACCAAGUCCUGCAGGAACACCAGGGCAGAGAUUCUGACCUGUAUGAACUGGACUCUAGAACGAUCUGGGCGGCAGAAGAAGGAUGGCUGGUGUUCGAUAUCACAACUACCAGUAACCACUGGGUGGUGAACCCCCAACACAACCUUGGACUGCAGCUGUCUGUGGAGAGUAUCGAUGGACAGAGCAUCAACCCCAAAAUGGCCGGACUGAUAGGAACCAAUGGGCCGCACAAUAAACAGCCCUUCAUGGUGGCGUUCUUCAAAGCCACAGAAAUCCACCUGCGCAGCAUUCGAUCUGCCGGCGGAAAGCACCGGAACCAAAACAGAUCCAAAGCACCAAAGAGCCAAGAGGCGCUACGGGUGUCAAAUAUUGCAGAAAACAGCAGCACUGAUCAAAAGCAGGCGUGCAAGAAACACGAGUUAUACGUCAGCUUCAAGGACCUUGGCUGGCAGGACUGGAUUAUUGCCCCCGAGGGAUACGCAGCAUUUUACUGUGAAGGGGAGUGUGCAUUCCCUCUCAAUUCAUACAUGAACGCCACCAAUCAUGCCAUCGUACAGACGCUGGUCCAUUUCAUUAACCCGGACACCGUCCCAAAGCCGUGCUGCGCCCCCACCCAGCUCAACCCCAUCUCCGUCCUUUACUUUGACGACAGUUCCAAUGUCAUCCUGAAGAAAUACAGAAACAUGGUGGUCCGGGCCUGCGGCUGCCACUGAAGCCGACGGAACGUUCUAGGCGCGUUGACUCGCCGCGAGCGAACCCAGCAACGCAGACUGUAACCUUGUUUUGUAGAUUCAUACUCAGCGUCAGUGUCCGAGCUCUUCGUUGGGUCUCUGUGACUCUUUUCCGCAUCGGUUAAGUAAAGGCAGAACGUCUCGGACAGAGAGGUAUUGUUUGUUUUGCCUUUAAUUCAAGCAAGAAAAUGUAAAUAUGGAGAAAAGAUGGAUCGCCGCUGCCUGCAGUGUACGCCAUACCGCCACCAAGGAAGGGGCCGGAGAUGUGGCCCCUAAUGCUGUCUAUUUAAUAUCACUCCUUUGGUGUUUAGUUAUACUCUCGCCGGGGUAGAUCUUGUACCUUAGUUCCGUUCAUUCGAGCAGACGGAGCAUAGAAGAGUCCUGUUGCCAUCAGAGAGGAUUCUGGGAAACAGAGACGUGGGGUAUUUUUUGUACAUGAGAGUUUGAAUUGUGCCUCUUUAUUAAACUCCAAAGACUGGGGAUAUGUUUUCAGACAACGGAAAUAUGUACAGGUAAUAAAGAUAAUAAAUCC